AUGCCCGACAAACAUAAGCUCAAACUCUUCAGCCAUUUUGGGAAGCACGACAAGGACGACCACGACCACCCGCAGAUCCACCCCCAGGCGCUGGCCCCGCUGCAAAGCAACCCGUCGAAAAAGUUUCUCGGGUUUCACAUCGGCAAGCACGAGCUGCAAGAGCUGUUGGCCCUGCCCACUCUUACCAACCUGAGCGACCCCCAUGCCCGUGUCGGCUCCCCCAAGGUCGCCCCCGUGGCGCACCAGGCCGACACCCGCCCCGCCGAGGUUAGCAAGACCAAUAGCAUGCUGGAGAUAAAGCGGUUUUUCAAUAAGACGCCUAAAUUUAGUUCAGGGCGCCGAGAAGUGCUGCCGCAGUACCUGCUGCCGCCGCCGAUCCCGCCCAACCAGCUGCUGACGCUGUUGGCGACGUUGAUCAACCAGACGCUGACCCAAUUGCUCCACAACGCCCUGCAACUGCACUUGCAGCUGCACAUCAAGGAUCCGUUCAACGACGACAACCUGCCAUACGUCAAGAAGUACGGCAAAAUCGGCAAAGAAUUGGGGCUGGGGGCCGGAGGGCUGGUCAAGUUGAUCACGCGGCCGCUGGACGCUAAGACGUUCGCCGUCAAAGAGUUCCGCCCCCGCCGGUCCACCGAGCUGCUCAAAGACUACACGCGUAAGUGCACCGCCGAAUACUGCAUUGGGCUGACGUUGCGCCACGCCAACAUCAUCAAAACCUUGGACAUCAUCCAGGAAAACAACCGCUACUUCGAGAUCAUGGAGUACGCGCCCAUCGACUUCUUCGGCGUCGUUAUGCUGGGGAAAAUGCUGCGCCAGGAGAUUAACUGCUGCCUCAAACAAAUAUUGGAAGGGGUGCGCUACUUGCACAAUUUAGGGCUCGCCCACCGCGACUUAAAGUUGGACAAUUGCGUCAUCACCAUGGACGGCAUCUUGAAGAUCAUCGACUUUGGUCUGGCGGUAAUCUUCAAGUACCCCUACGACCAGUACGGGCGGGACCUGAUCCAUCCCUGCCACGGGAUCGUCGGGCUGGACCCGUACUUGGCCCCGGAGGUGUUGCGGCUGCCUAACUCAUACAACCCCCAGCCCGUCGACAUCUGGAGUGUCGCCAUCAUCUACUGCUGCAUGACGCUUAAACGGUUCCCGUGGAAGAUCCCCCUGGCAGAGAAGGACAACCUGUUCAUGCUCUAUGAGAUGCCCGACGACCUGUGGCACGACUACUACUUGCUGAACGAGUGCCACAAGUUGUUGUUGCAGCAGCGCAAGUUGAAGAACAUGGUGGUGCGGCUGAAUAAGAAGAAGAAGCUCUUGGCCGCCGACGGCGGUGACGCUCCAGUAGUUGGUGGUGACCCUGAAGCAGCACCGCUAGCACCUGCUGAUGCUACUACGACUACUACAGAGCCAGCUCCUCCAGCGGCAGCAGCUACCGCCGCAGUGACUACGCCCACUCCCGAGCCCGAUGCCGCUAACCCUGACGCCACCGCGCGACCAAAAACCGGCGAAGAACCAUCAGAACUCGACUUACUCCGCCAGGAUAAGACCCUCGAUACCGCCGAGGUGCUCAGCGAAGAGCAAGAACGCGAGAUCGAAGAGCAAUUGAAGGAUAUCGACGUCAAACUCGAAGAAUUCGAGGUGAAAAAGAAGGAGAUGAAGGCGAAGUACGAAGCCGAACGGGCCCGCGAUCCUACGCCCAAACCCGUGGUCGAAGAUAGCAAGAAGAAGACCGCGCACAAGCAGAUCCACGGGCCCUACCGGUUGAUGCGGCUCUUGCCCCACGCGCUGCGACCGAUCAUCCACAAGAUGCUCCAGGUCGACCCGAAGAACCGGGCGCUGAUGGAGGAGAUCUUUGCCGAUGAGUGGAUCUCGGAGAUCCACUGCUGUACGUUAAAGCACCGCGGCCUGGGGGUGGACGACGACGACGAGGUGGUGGUCAAGGGCACGCCGCCGCACGAGCACACGGUGGUGUUGGAGGGCGAGCCCGAGGAGAAGAAGUGA